AUGGCGGCUUUUCUUACGCGUCUCAUGGGGAAGGCAGCCAAGGAUGCAGAUGAUUCAUCACAUCUUUAUGAGAAUGACAUCGUUUACCCCGUUCAUGGAUUGGAUGACACCAAAACUUUCCGCGAUACCCUGCUGACAUGGUCGAUGUGUUUUAACGAUCCACUUGAUGCCGACAAGCUGCAGAAGUCUUUGACAAAACUUUUGUCAACUGGAGAUUGGAAGAAACUUGGAGGUCGUUUGAGACUCAAGGAAGAUGGAGCACUGGAGAUCCACGUACCAUGGGAAUUCACAGCGGAUCGGCCUCCAUUUAUAUUCACCCAUGUGAACAAGGACCAAGCAAUCGAGGACCACCCAGCAGCCAAGACACUUCCCAAGCCCAACAGGAAAGUCGCAAUGUGGACCCCACAUAAAGACUACAAUGAGCUAGCUACUCGUCCAGACGCGCCAACAAUUAUUGAAGACCUACUCGCUGGAGACACCCCGCAGAUGUCUGUUCAUGUUACCUCCUUCACCAACGCGACUAUUGUUGGACUCUCAUGGCCACAUACGUUGAUGGAUGCCAUGGGACUGAAAGCCUUACUUCAAAAUUGGUCCCUAGUACUAGCCGGCCGAGAGUCAGAGGUACCAGCUCUCCUCGGUGCAAAAGAUGACGUUCUGUCAACGAUAGCAGAGGCUUCAGUGGACAAGCGAGAGGCAUCUUGUAUGCGUUCAAAAGAGCUCAAGGGUCUAUCCAAGCUCGCAUUUAUGGCGAGAGUUGCUUAUGGACUGAUGUCUACCCCUCUCCCCGAGACACGCGCGCUUUGCGUACCCAAGAAAGUCAUGGAUAGCCUGCGCGAGCAGGCACAGCAAGAACUUACCAUUUCCAAUGAGAAGGAGGUCUUCAUCAGCGAAUCCGAUGUCUUCACCGCGUGGCUGAUCGGCAUGAUCUCUACGUCGUUACCAGCCCCUCGUCCAAUGACCUUAUUGCAAAGUAUCAACGCGCGGUUCCGACUCCCCGAACUCAUCAAUGCACAAGGCGUGUAUGUGCAAAACAUGAUAGCGGUAGGCUUCACGCUGUAUUCGCCCGAUGUUGCAGCAGGCCUAAUGGGUCCAAUUGCGCUGGCAACCCGUGAGCAGCUCGCAGCACAGGCCACAGAACAACAGGUCAUUGGAAACCUGGAGGCACAGCGAGCAUCAGGCGACCCUAUGGCUACUCUCUGCGGCGACUCCAAAGCCGUACCUGUAAUCACUUCCAACUGGGCAAAGGGUAAGUUCUACCUUGUAACGGAUUUUGGCCCUGCCGUGCUACGGGCUGGUGAUACUUCGGAGUCGAGAUCCAAUCCCCCCGGCACUCCGUUUUUCAGUCACACAUUUUGCCUAAAGCCACCGCCUGUGGUGAUGAGGCAUAUAAUGUCUGUUGUCGGGAAGGACCACGAGGAUAAUUAUUGGGCCAAUUUGGUUCUGCCGUCGCCUGUCUGGGCGAAUAUCGAGAAGAGCCUCAGGGAGCUGGAAUAG